AAAGGCUUUCUGCUGCCGGAGUUCCGUCCGUGCUGGAGCAGAGCCGUGUGUUGGUUGCCGUGCGAGGAGAGCGAGCUGCCGCCGUGCCCGGCGCUUCCCCAGGGAGCCGGCGGGGCUGAGCGCAGCCCCUGCUCCCGCCGGGCUCACCCCGGCACCGCUCAGCCUCGGCGGAGAGAGGGGUGCUGCUGAAAUCCUGCCGUGGCGCUGGGAGUGAGUAGUGCCUCUGAAAAGGCUUCAGGGAGCUUUUUGCGGUUACUCGGGCCAGCACUCGGGCUCGGCAUGCAUGGCUAGCUGGGAAUGGACAGUGGAGCUUCUUUUUACAGCUAUUUGGAUAACAAAAUGAAACCUGCAAAGCUGCACUAUUGGAUUCUGGUUUGGUUUUCCAUGGCACUAUGUUGUUGGUGUACUUCAGAUGCAUUUACUCAAAGUGACGUCCACUUUCAUCCCUGGAAAAAGCUGUAUUUUGCUCAUCAUUGGCCAGUGACUGUAUGUAAGAUGAAUGCUAAUGAUUGUCAUGACCCGCCAAAGUACUGGACAAUCCAUGGAUUAUGGCCUGACAGAGCUGAAGACUGUAAUAGGACGUGGCAUUUCAAUGUCACCGAGAUCAAGGAUCUUAUGUCAGACAUGAGACACUACUGGCCUGAUGUGCUUCAUUCAUCUCUAAAUCGCACACAGUUCUGGAAACAUGAGUGGGACAAACAUGGCACUUGUGCAGCCACACUUGAGAUCCUUAAUUCUCAGAAAAAGUACUUUGGUAAAGCCUUAGAACUCUACAAGCAUGUUGAUCUCAAUGGUUGUCUCUUGAAAGCUGGGAUAAAGCCAAGCAGUUCAUAUUACGAGAUGACUGCUAUAAAGGAAGCUCUUAGAAGAUUUUAUGGUGUAACACCAAAGAUCCAAUGCCUUCCUCCAGAAGAGGGUGAAAAAGCACAAACAAUUGGCCAGAUUGAAUUCUGCUUCACCAAAGAACUGCAACUGGUAAACUGCACGGUGCCGGAGGAUGAAUCCAACCCAAUGCAGGCUCACUUGAAGCUUGGAACUUCGGAGUUGUCGGUCUGCCAUGAUAAUCUCCCAACCUAUUACCCUUCAGAGGUCCAAGAUCACAAAUGAAGGCAUAAGAGUUUGAAAAACUGUUUAAACAGCAACAAAACCCAAAUUCAUGUAAUAUUACAAGCCCCUGUCCAUAUCACGGGCCUACAGUGAAGAUUUCUGCUGGAAAACACAGUUCUUUUGCUAUUAAAGGAGAGUGGUCCACGUGAUGGGAUCAGCAUUUGA